CGCGGGCUGACAGCAACAGCCGCGUGUCUUAUAUGAACACCGCGGGACGGGCGCUGCGUUCACUCGCUCAUUGAGCCUCCCCGAGGUUCACGUCAGCUCCCCAAACUCUUCAUCUACCUCUUCGCCGGCACGUGACACCGCAGCAGGACUUCAGUGUUGUCAAACUUUGUCUGCAACUGGUGUCUGUGUGUGUGGAGGAAGAGGACGAUGUCACUCCGCCGUGUGUCACAGCAGCACAGGUGAACGCCUUCCCUGCACCGGGGGAGGACCCCUCCCCUCAGGAUCCUCUGAUGUCAGUUUAAAAAUGUGAUCCAUUUUGCAUUUCCCAGUGAGUCGAAUCAAAGUCAGCCCACCAUCCGUCUUUUCUGGGAGUCUACAAUGUGAGCUCAUGCAGAACGUCCUGUGUAGGUAGUUCUGCUGCUCUUGGCUUUGAUAUUUCAAGGCCAGUGAACGUAGCAGCUGGAGAAAACCCGCCUCCUCGGCUCGGACCCGGCGCUCGAUGAUGCGUUGAAGCCUGGGACCCUCUACAGCUGCGAUGGCCGCCGCCUCCUCUCCGGUUAAGGCCGAGCCCCUCGUCCAGCUGCGGCAGGUGGACUCGGGCCGCCUUGGCUGUCGCGUCCUCCCUGCGCUACAGGGCUCCUCGUCGCCCGGCUUCACCCUGGAAGCGAUUCAGCCCGUCUGCAUCCCCUCGCCGUACACCGACCUCGGGCACGACUUCAGCCCCAUCCCUUUCUACAGUCCCACUAUCUUCACCUAUGCCAGCCCGGGCAUGUCAGACUGCAGCGCCGCCCACCGGUCGCUGAGCCCCUCCGUGUUCUGGUCCAGCCACGGACACGCGGGGCCGCCCCCGCACCAGGCCCAGGCCCAGGCCCGGCCUCAGCCCGGGCCCGCCCAGAGCCCAUGGGUGGAGCUGACGCAGCGGGACAGCGUCCUAACCACCAGUAAGAGCGUGAGGAGGCGUUCUCAGGAGAGCGAGGACGCCGUGGUGUCAUCCGGCGGGAAGGCGGACCUCCACUACUGCGCCGUGUGUCACGACUACGCCUCGGGCUACCACUACGGCGUGUGGUCGUGUGAGGGCUGCAAGGCCUUCUUCAAGAGGAGCAUCCAAGGACACAAUGACUACAUCUGUCCUGCAACCAAUCAGUGCACCAUAGACAAGAACCGCCGCAAGAGCUGCCAGGCGUGUCGCCUGCGCAAGUGCUGUGAAGUUGGCAUGACCAAGUGUGGUAUGCGAAAGGAGCGUGCAAACAACCGGAACCCCCAGGCGAGGCGAGUGACCCGCCUGUCCUCUCAGGGAAGGGGCAGCGGAGCAAAAGCGCCGGCCGAGCCGGAGGUCGCCUUGCCCACGGAGCCUCACCCUCCUGCACUGACUCCGGAGCAGCUGAUAGGACGGAUAAUGGAGGCGGAGCCGCCGGAGAUCCUCCUCAUGAAGGACCUUAGGGGGCCGCUGACCGAAGCCAACAUCAUGAUGUCGCUCACCAACCUGGCUGAUAAGGAGCUGGUGCACAUGAUCAGCUGGGCCAAGAAGAUCCCAGGGUUUGUCGAGCUCAGCCUUUUGGACCAGGUGCACCUGCUGGAGUGCUGCUGGCUGGAGGUACUGAUGAUCGGACUGAUGUGGAGGUCAGUGGACCAUCCGGGGAAACUUAUCUUCUCCCCCGACCUGAGCCUGAGCAGAGAAGAGGGGAGCUGUGUCCAGGGCCUCUCCGAAAUCUUUGAUAUGCUGAUAGCUGCCACGUCCAGGGUGAGAGAACUCAAGCUCCAGAGAGAGGAGUAUGUCUGCCUCAAGGCCAUGAUCCUCCUUAACUCCAACAUGUGCCUCAGCUCGUCGGAGGGCGGCGCGGAGCUGCAGAGCCGCUCCAAGCUGCUGCGUCUCCUGGACGCCGUGACGGACGCUCUGGUGUGGGCCAUCGCCAAAACCGGCCUCACCUUCCGCCAGCAGUACACCCGCCUGGCUCACCUGCUCAUGAUGCUGUCACACAUCCGCCAUGCCAGCAACAAAGGCAUGGACCACCUCCACUGCAUGAAAAUGAAGAACAUGGUGCCUUUGUACGACCUGCUGCUGGAGAUGUUGGACGCCCACAUCAUGCACGGCUCCCGUCCGCCCCGCCGGCCUCCGCAGGACCCUGCUCGGCCGGACCCCUCCAGCACCUGGACCCCCAGCAGCACCGGCUGUUAAGGUGAACCGACGUAAAUGGAUAAAAAGAGCUUUCACCGCUUUGCACCGAAGAAUUUCAUGAGACUGAUCUUUGACCUUUUGCACUAAUUAGUGCACUUUUGAUGAGGAUGUUACUCUGCAGACAGUUCAAGCUGUCAGUGUUCAUAGCCUUAUUGCUACCUAUUAACAAAAAGUACAAGGGAAAGGAUCAUUCAGUAGCACCAGUUCCUGUUUGAACGUGGAUGUGAUGUUACUGAUGGGAUUUUCUUAUAUUUCAAAUGGGAUAUUGAUAAUUUCAUCAGGUGUCAUUCUAGAGGUUACUCAGAGGACGCUGGGUUUAACUGAAAAGCUGAUGACCACAUCAAGAAAGAGACAUAUGCACAACCCCUGUGAGAUGCAGAUGGCCUCUGAGAAGGAGUUGUUUAUAGAUCUAUUCUUUUAUUUGAGAGCUGGCUGAAUAUUAUAUUUGCGUGACAUUUUUUAUUCACAUGAUACAUAUACCUUGAUUUGUCAGGUAUUCAUUUGACUGGACUAGACAAACAUUCCUAUUUAGUCAUUUAAUCGAUCCAAAUAUUUAUAAGAAUGUAUAAUCUCUUUAAGUAAAUAAGCCUAUUCACUUUCUUGCGAAGACAUUGAUUAGAUCGAUGGAUCAACACCUCUAUGCAAUAAAUAUGUAUUGCACACCUAAUUAGCAUGAAGACUGAAAAAAGGGGAAACAGCAUUGUAGUUUAAUACGAAGUGACACAACAGAAACAAUGUGAUUUUAAUUUUUGCACAGAUCAAACAAUGAUAUGUUACUGCUAAAAUAGACGUACACCGACAUGAAUGGUCUCAGUCCUCCCAUCUGACUCUGUUAUGCAAAAUGACAUGUUACCAAAGACAAUAUAAUAAUAUAUAUAGGCAAUUAAAGCUCUUGUAAGACCAUGACGGCAUAAAUAUGGCUCAAUUUUU